AUGGAGCUGGGACUCCCAGGGGGACCAAUGAAGCUAGAAUUCCCAGAACAGAAUACUGGAGAGGAGGGAGCUGCACACAGAGAGCACUGUGGACUUCUACAGAGCAUCCCCUUCAGCCUUCAGCUGAGUACUGAUCAGCACAUGCAUAGACUCUCUCACUGGAUUGAUUUAAGUCACGUGCUCAUCUCUGAACCAAUGACUGUGGCCAAAGAAUACAGCGUUUUGAUUGGCCACAUCUGGGGCACUUCCCUGAGCCCUGGAGUUGGGAAAUUUGGAGCAGGAAAAUCGAUGCUUUCCCCAACAGUCGGGAGACCCGCGUCCAGACUCCUGGCUCCGAGCUGGGCUCGGGCUCCGGCGCCGGGGUCUCCCCGACAGCGAGCACAGGGGCGCUGGGACUGGCUUCCGGAGGGAUGGGUGCGGCCGUGCGGCCCCCUGGCCGGCGAGCCUGCUGCUAGCAGAUUUCAGAUAGUCAUCUAUUUUAUAUGCGCUUUCCAGAACAUCUCUUGUGGUAUCCACUACUUGGCCUCUGUGUUCAUGACAGUGUCCCCCUACCAUACCUGCAGGCCCCCAGGCAACGUGAGUGGGGUCCUUUUCCAUAAUAUCUCUAGCUGGAAGUUGGAGGACAUCUGGAUCCUGUUUUUCACAGCCCAUGAAGAUAGCAUUAUAGUGCAGCUACAGAACGGUGAGGUCUGGGAGCUCACAAGUUGUCAAAGAUUCCGGAGAGAUGACACGUCGGGUUUGAACUAUGACUACAGUGGCCGUAAGAGUAGCUUUCCUUGCGUGGAUGGCUAUGUCUAUGACAAGAGCAAGUGGAGCAGCACCGUGGUGACUCAGUGGGAUCUGGUCUGUAACCGAGAAUGGUUGGCAAAGGUGAUCCAGCCUGUAUUUAUGGUGGGAGUCCUGCUGGGAGCGAUGGUUUUUGGCCACCUUUCUGACAGGAUAGGAAGACGAUUUGUGUUGUGGUCCACAAGCACCGGCAUGUUUUUAUUUGGCCUCGCAGCGGCGUUCUCAUUCAAUUAUUACAGCUUCAUGAUUGCACGCUUUCUUAUUGCCAUGUCUGGAAGUGGCUAUCUCGUGGUGGUGUUUGUCUAUGUGACGGAAUUUAUUGGCAUGAAGUCUCGGACGUGGGCAUGCAUCCAGAUGCAUUCCUUUUUUGCAGUUGGAACAAUGGUGGUGGCUUUGACAGGCUACUUUGUCAGGACCUGGUGGAUCUAUCAGAUAGUCCUCUCCACCGUGACUGUCCCUUUUGUCCUGUGCUGUUGGAUACUCCCAGAGACACCUUUUUGGCUUCUCUCAGAGGGAAGAUGUGAAGAAGCACAAAAAGUAGUUGAUACAAUUGCCAAGUGGAAUAGGGCACGCUCCUGUAAACUGUCAGAGCUGUUGUCGCUGGAUCUGAAUGGUCCUGUUGGUAAGGAACCCUUGGAAGCUAAGAAGCACGACCUGUUAGAUCUAUUUUAUGACUGGAAUGUUGGAACAAGGACACUUACUAUUUGGCUGAUUUGGUUCACUGGGUGUUUGGGAUUCUACUUCUUCUCCUUGAAUUCUGUUAACUUAGGAGGCAAUGAAUAUUUAAACCUCUUCCUCAUGGGUGCAGUGGAAAUUCCCGCCUACAUCUUCAUCUGCUUGGGAAUGGACAGUAUAGGGAGAAGAAAAGUUCUGGUGUUCUCCCUUAUCUCAGGUGCACUGCUCUGUGGUGUGAUUAUGAUGAUCCCUAAGCAUUACUUUAUCUGGACUGUGGUGGUGACCAUGGCUGGGAAAUUUGCCAUUGGGGCAGCGUUCGGCCUCAUUUACCUUUACACCGCAGAGCUGUAUCCAACCAUGGUAAGGUCGCUGGCCGUGGGAAGUGGCAGCAUGGUGAGCCGCGCAGGGAGCAUCAUGGCCCCGUUCUGCGUUUACCUGUCCGACGUCUGGAACUUCCUACCACAGUUGCUUGUUGGGAUUUUGGCCUUCAUAAGUGGAGUACUGUCACUAAUGCUUCCAGAAACCAUGGGAAGGCCUCUGGCAACGUCUUGGGAGGAAGUUGCUAAACAGGAUACAGAAAAAGAUAGUUCAGGAAAAUCAUUUCCCAUAACCAAUAAUACUGCGUUGGAAAAAAUAGAUGUGAUUGACUCAGGGGUUUCUGGUCUCAGUGAAUAAAUGUGCUGUCCAGCACCUGAAAUAUUGUUUACUUUAAUGACUUUGUAUUAGAGGACUACUAUUCUCAUCUCCUGAAUGUCAUUUAUGUGUGCCUUUUAAAAUUUUUUUGUAAGAAAGCCUUAAAAUUAUUAUUUUGUAAAAGUAAAAGAAAUAAAACCAAGAUGAGAACUCUCAUUUUUUACA